UGAUAGCGGACAAAGUUUCGAGUCAAAAACCAAACACAUGAGCUCUACGAAGGAGUCGCUGUCCGCAACAUAACUUCAGCCUUACUCAUGGAUAUAAAUUAAACCCGUAAAGUGGAUAAGUUUAGCCGGUGUGUUAAAGGGGGUGGUUUUUUUUACUUUGAGGACAGCAACGACGAUGCCCUUCUAAAACGGGAGAAGUUUUCUGGGGGUGUUUGAGAGAGAGAGAGAGAGAGAGAGAGAGAGAGAGAGAGAGAGAGAGAGAGAGGCCCGAGACAUGAUGUCCAUUGGAGCUGAUAGCUGACACGGUAGAAUGAGAGAGGAUGGAACAGACAGACAACCCUGCCCCUGAGAGCAACAACCCUAAUGGGUUUGUCAACCGAGUGUUUAAUGUUUCUCUGGAUGUGGAGAAUGAGACCAGCAGUGUUUAUAUUCAGGAGACUGGGCCAGAGACUGCAGAGGGGCAGGGAGAGACCCAGGCUGCCUCUUCUCAGACCCCUGUCAAGGACAGACAGGAGGUCAACCGGAGGCCCCGUGCCACAGGGGGCAUCUGGAAGAUCUUGAACCGAAAGAGAGCUGUCUCAGAGCUGGAGCGCAGACCCCACUCCAUGAUUCUGCCUGGGGAGGCUUCCAUCCCUAAACUCUCGUUUGCUGACAAAGUUCGCUCCUUCAAGAAGCUUAAAUCCCCCUCUGUGUUUAGAGGGAAGACAGGGAAAUUGUCCACUGCCAAGUUCAGCAGCCCCUUGGUGGAUGAGGAAUCUUUCUGCCGCGACAUCGGCACUCCUCAGCAGUCCACCAGGGGCACACUUAGACACCGUGGCAAGAGGCACUCGUAUGCUGGCUACACAGCAGAAUUUGACUGCUCGUUCGAAGACAUUGACCUCACAGCUCCUAUAGACAGCCUCCAGCCCACUGUAGUGGGAGAGACUGUGACUCAGAAUGGUUGUAAACCAUCAGAAAGAGUUUGCUAUACUAAAAGAAGCCACAACAAUUCAACCAACUGUAACAAAACAGCUGCAGGUUGUGAAGAGCCUAGCAUUAAAGAUAGCCCGAGCACCCACCAGGGUAGAGGAAGGAGGCAUAAAGAUGUGUGGAGUUACCUGAGGAGGAUUUCCCUUUUGGGGAAGGCCAAUCCUGUCUACUCAGAGAGGAGCUUUGACUCUGAGCUUCACUCUAUGGACAAGACCAUGGACUCAGACUAUGGUUCUGUAGACUUUGAGAGUGUCAGAGACUUUCAGCCACCACUCCCAAAACACUCUGACACCAAGGGGCACUUUGGUGGUCUGUUCAAGUUUUUUAACAGUGUAGCAGAGACAGCCAGAAAAUGGCGGACAACAUCACACUCCUUCUCUCCUCCAGAGGGAGAGAGGACUCCGAUUAGCUCCCCUCGGGCCCCACAGCGCACAGUGGACAACAUUCACAGUGUCUCCCUGACACUCCACAGUGAGGGACCUCCAAAAUCCCAGUCUAUUCCAUCAUCACCAGCGACCGCUAAAUCCUCACAUUCCAGUAGCUUUGACAGUGCGGCUCCAGCACCUGUGACAGGUGGACGAUCUCCUAAAGUGGUCCUGAAAGCCUUUAGGGCAUGCCCAGGAUCCCGAGCUGUCAAUGGUUUUCAGAGUUCUGAUGGCGCAAACAAACAUAUAGACAAAGAGACAAACCACAGGUCCACAGCCAUAGUAGAGAAUCAUGUCCCCCAGUCAGGUGCAAACACAGAGACUGAGGUUGAAAGGGAUCCAUUAAAUUGUCUCUGUCAAGACGAAAAGGUAGAGAGACAGACAGGAAAUGAGCAGGAUUCCAGGGAUGCUCCACCUGACUCCCACCAGAUACAGGAAGUGAAUGUCCAAUCACAACAAGGUGAUAAAGAGAGCACAACCAGUAGCGUACCAGCAUCAGAUUCCACAGAGGAAAUAUUUAAGCUGUGUGAGCAGAUUGCCAGCCAGACAGGCUGCAGUGUAAGACAGCCGGGCCCAGCCAUGCCCCACUCUAGCACAGAGAAGACCUCUGUACCUCACAAGCCCCUGCGCCCUCGUCCUCGCCCGGCCUCAGCUGUACUGGACCUGUGGAGGCCCAACCCAGACCGAGAUCUCUACAGCCAUUAUAGUGAGGUUGGUUCACUAUGCAGACGGAGACGCAGGCCUGCUCCCUCUAUGCAACACUCUCCGGGGCAGAGACGGAUGGCUGCUCGCUCCAGGCCUUGCUCUGUCAUAGAGACCAGUGUUACUAGGGAGACGCAGUCCACGGAGCUGCACCACAGAGCCUUGUCUCGCCCCCCGGGUGUAUCACCGUUAGAGCCCCCACUCAGGGCAUCUCUCCAGCGGUGCCGCUCCCUGCCGCUACCCCCCAGCACUCUCACUGCCUUGGCGCUGCUCCUACCUCAGUCAGACAUGGGCCAGUUGUCAUCGUCGGUGCGUCUGCGGUCUGGAGGCUCUGGUAGCUGCAGGAGGAGGAGGCUGUUAAGACCUGGUUCAGAACCACUGCAGGUCAACAUUUUGAUAAGUGGAGGUUCAAUCGUCAACGCUGAGGCGGUAUGGGACCAUGUGACCAUGGCGGACCGGGAGUUGGCGUUUAAGGCCGGUGACGUCAUCAAGGUGCUGGACGCCUCCAACAAGGACUGGUGGUGGGGCCAGAUUGAUGAGGAGGAAGGAUGGUUCCCUGCCAGCUUUGUACGGGUGGAACCCCACCCUCCUCAGCCCCAAACAAAACAGGUUUUCUAUAUCAACCCCAUAGCAACUCCACGGUUCCAAAACACCACGUCAAAGCUGUGGGUGAACCAGGAGGAUGGGGGAGCGGAGCCAGCCGAGGGGACCAGCGAGGUGCAGAACGGGCACCUGGACCCAACCAAUGACUGCCUGUGUCUGGGUUCGCCCCUUCAGAACCGAGACCAGAUGAGAGCUAAUGUCAUCAAUGAGAUCAUGAGCACAGAGAGACACUACAUCAAACACCUCAAGGACAUCUGUGAGGGCUAUCUGCGCCAGUGCAGGAAGCGUGUGGACAUGUUCAAUGACGACCAGCUGAAGGUCAUCUUUGGGAACAUCGAGGACAUCUACCGCUUCCAGAUGGGCUUUGUUAGAGACUUGGAGAAACAGUACAACACAGAGGAACCCCACCUCUCUGAAAUCGGGCCGUGCUUUUUAGAACACCAAGAUGGUUUUUGGAUCUAUUCAGAAUACUGUAACAACCACUUGGAUGCCUGUAUGGAGCUGAGCAAACUGAUGAGGGAUGGCAGGUAUCAGCACUUCUUCGAGGCCUGUCGCCUCCUCCAGCAAAUGAUUGACAUUGCCAUAGACGGCUUCUUGCUCACCCCUGUCCAGAAAAUCUGCAAAUAUCCACUCCAGUUGGCUGAGCUUCUCAAAUACACUGCGCAGGAGCACAGUGACUAUCGAUACGUGGCAGCAGCGCUGGCAGUAAUGCGGAACGUCACUCAACAGAUCAACGAGAGGAAGAGGAGGCUGGAGAACAUCGACAAGAUCGCCCAGUGGCAAGCCUCUGUUCUGGACUGGGAGGGGGAUGAUAUCUUGGACAGGAGCUCGGAGCUCAUCUACACUGGGGAGUUGUCAUGGAUCUAUCAGCCGUAUGGACGCAGCCAGCAGCGAGUCUUCUUCCUCUUUGAUCACCAGCUGGUCCUCUGUAAGAAGGAUCUGAUACGCCGGGAUAUCCUGUACUAUAAGGGCCGCAUCGACAUGGAUCGCUACGAGGUGCGGGACGCCAUAGAUGGGCGUGACGAUGACUUCAACGUCAGUGUGAAGAACGCCUUCAAACUGUGCAACAAAGACAGCGAGGAGAUCCACAUCUUCCUGGCUAAGAAGCCAGAGGAGAAGAUCCGCUGGCUCAGGGCCUUCCAUGAGGAGAGGAAGAUGGUGCAGGAGGAUGAGAAAAUCGGGUUUGAGAUCUCUGAGUACCAGAAGCGACAGGCGGCCAUGACAGUGAGAAAGGUGACCAAACAGAAAGGUGUAAACAGGUGCACGCCCCCCUCAUACCCGCCCCCCCAGGACCCCCUCAGUGCUGGGCAGUAUGAGGUAACGGAGGACAUGGCACAAGGAGAGGUUUUUGAAUUCAGUCAAUCCAAAAGAGGCCAGGCUCCUUUCUGGCAGAAUUUUAGUAGAUUAGCUCCAUUUAAGAAAUAGAGAUACACAGACUCUUCUGAAGGACCAGCUAUUUUUCUUAGAAGCACUAAACACUGGAUGAUCAUGUCCCAUGACGAAGAAAAUACGAAAAACACACAUACACAAGAGACUUCAAAGUUAAGGACCAAUGUUAAUAGAGUGUGACUGGAAGCAGCAAGAGGACUGAAGACUUGAGAAAUUGAGAAAAAAUAAAACUUUACAAUUCAUAUAUGUUAGUAACGUUCUUAGUUAUCAUGCUUCUCCAGCUGAUUCAACUGUCAUGAACUCUUUCCCUCGGAUUCUGCAUAUUCACACCAUCGGAAUGUCCUGGAGUUACUGAGAUUGUUAUAUUAUUUCAUUUUUAAUCCAUCAUCUGGAAAGAGACACAAAGCCAAGCCAGGGCAUUCCCAGUAAUAUGAUUGUGUCCAAAAGCUGAGAUCUUGCUGUGCUGCUAUGUGAGAUUGCUUGUUGCUUUCUUCUGAAUGUGAGAUUGAAUAAUGACAGGGGCCCGACUGUCAGCAUCAUCUCUGAGUUAGAUCCAUUCUGCCAGUGAUCACAGACCGGUCAGGCCAUCUCUGCUCUACUGAUGCCUGCAUCUGGAUCUCCUCCUCACUCUCAACGCUGCAUAUUCCUCUCGCUAGCUGUUUGCAUAUAGUAGCCCCCUCUCUUCACCAAGUCUGACGUUCACAGUGUUUCCCUCACUCUCUGCAUCCCUCUUCUUGUCCUCUCUAUCUCUCUACCCGCCUGCUCUGCCUCUGUGAGUCAGUGGCUCUCAGAGGAAGAGCUUCAUUCUUUUGGAAACCUGCCACUGGCCAUGAUAUGAUGGGUCAGGGAGCAAAUCAAUUGUCGGAGCAUCAAUAGAAUAUUUACAUCCUUUCACCAACCACUUUUGACAGGGUAUUCAUAACCGAUCACGUCGAGGGGCUGUGGGUUUGCAUUUGACGGAGAGCUUGCCGCUCAGAUGAAACAGCUGGGAGCAGGACAUAGGCAGGCUACGGUCCACCUGCCUUGUUUCAGAGCCCCUCCCCACUCUCCCCAGAGACCACCCCUGUAGCACUGUGCUGGCAGCUCACUGGGUGUUUGGAAAGAGCACACCCUAUACCUCCGGAAAUCCACUGAGAGCUUAAAGUGAAGUUGAUGCAUUGGCCAAGGUCUAAAAUAAAAUCUCUUUUUCGUGUCAGCUGCAUAAAAAAAAGACUUCUUCAGUUGACUUAAUUAUUUUGUAUUGCUCACAAUGUAAAAAGCACAGCACAUAUUCAGUCUGAGUAAGACUUUUUCUCUCAUUUGAGUAGGAGCGAUGCAAACAUGCGAUGCCACAGUGUGAGAAAUUAGAAAGAACCCUAACCAGCACAAGGGGAAAUGGUCAACAAAAAUGGCAGAAAUUAUAAAUGAACAGGACAACCAUAUCAGGUGGUUGUGAGUCAGUAUAGAGUGCAGAAGUGUGAGCCAAUACCAUAGGGAGGCGGAAAGGUGAAUUUAAUCUGUAGCAUGCAGGUGUCCUCUGACAGAUUCAUGCAUCUCUAAAGACUGCAGCUUCAAAUCUUGGCACUCCUCCCCGUCACAUUGUUUUCCAGAUCUGAUCCAUGUUCUGGCAGUUAGCUCGGCACUGUUAAGUUAUUUACAAAGGACUGUGGCCUGACCAGAUUGAUUUGUUUAAUCAACAAUGUUCCCGAAGCUGCUGUUAGCGAGAUCCCGUGCUUCUUCAACAGAGGUGUUAGAAAAGAGACGAUGUGCUGAGGAGAAACUACCAAGGUUUUUUCUUUUCUACAGUUGGAAUGUAAGUGACACAUCAGUCCGUGGUUUGUGAUCAUAUUUUCAGAUAUCAGAUACAGAAGUACAUUUUGUGUUGAAUUAUAUCACCUGAUGGACAGUACAUAUAAAGUAUGACAACUUGUGCAAUGUGAUAUAUCAUUAUAUAUCUUCACUAUUCACUACAACGUGAUAUGAAAGAGUUAUAUAUCGUUCUAUGUCAUUUGUUUGCCUUCUUAUAGGCCUUAUAACCUAUUGGAUAAAAAGACCUUAGAAUUGCUUUGUAUGUUGUGUAAUUUAUGUUUUGUUUCAGUAAAGAAAGUUGAGAAAUGGGUGAGUUGGCUGCUGGUGUCUGUAGAGAUGGCUCCCUGUGAGAUUGUUUUGGAAGAUAAUUCCCUGGUCUGGCACAGCAAAAAGAUAUGGUUCCCAGGCCAUGAUAACCUCAGGUCCCGUGCUACGCCCGCCCCUGCCCCGCCCCCGUCCCGCCCCCAUUCCCCUACUCCACGCCCCAACCAGUACCAACAUACAGACACAAGCAUGCAGGCAAACACACACGCACACAGACACAUAAUCAUGCACACUUGCUGGCCCGUUCUGCUGCGGAGAAGAGAGAUGCUAUCUAACAGUGCCUUCCAGCAUUCCACUAGUGAUUAUCUAUUCAGUUUCACAGGCAGAUUUGAAUUAGUCAUGUAUUUUCCCUUAAGUGUGGGACUUGCAUCUCUCUCUCUCUCUUUCUCUCUUUCUCUCUGUCUCUCAUACACACUGGGAAUUCCUCGUUCCCCAGUGCAUGAGAUCCACUCGGACAGAAACUUAGAGGUCAGGCCUUUUCCAUAUGAGUAGAUACUGUGCUUUCUGACUGAAACACUUAAAACACCUUAUUAUACUAUAUCACACUUGCAUAGCGGUAAUUUUAUUGCACAAGAAGAAGUUCAUUCUAAUUUCAGAUGUUUAGAAACUACUUAGAAUUCCUUUAUUGUUAUCUAUUUAACAUGCUGAAAGAUGGUUUCAUUUGAAUAUAUAGUAGGAAACAGAUUUUCAUUAGUCAAGUUAGGUUUCACAUUUCAAAGUAUAUAAUUAACGUUGAGUUAUAAAUCAAUAGAGCAAUCAUGUAUUUUACCUUUAUCAGCUACACACUGUAAAUAAUGUAAAAAGAACAGAUCAUAUAUUUGGAUAUUGGUAUUUUGCGUUGGAGACAAAUGUUGUUCCAGUUCUAGCGUGCGGUAGACCUCAGUACCAGGUAAAUGCAUGCUUGUGGCAUCCAAUAUUUUGCAUGAGACUUAAGACAACUCUUAACAGAUUGUUUAGUUUCAUUUAACUUCCAAUGGGAUUUUUCCACAACGCGGAACCAUUCAUUUGUGAACCCAUACCAUCUCACUAAAGGGAGUUCUUUUCUCUGUCCACCUGUCUCCUGCUCACUAUACAUCACAGGUUGUAGCUUCUGUUUUUAUUUAUUGUCAAGUAGAGACCAUCUUUCCUCACGCUGAAUCAAAGACUGAACUGUUGAUAGGUGAAAUGAAAGGCACUGAUGCUCUCUUUGCCCAGAUAUAAUGGGUACUAUAAACUUUAACAUUAUUUUCAAUCUUUAUUUUUUCUUUUCUUUGACUCCAACCUACACUGUCAUGGUCCAAACUGCUGGUUAUGUUUUUGGAAUGCCAUUAACCGCUGAGGCAAAACGGGUAUAAUUUUUCUAUGACAACAGUGAACCAAAUAGGAGUUAGCACUGAUCAUGGGUGUUUGUGUAUAGAUUUGUAGUCAAGCAGAAGAGCUGAAUAAAUGAAACCUCUCGGGAUGAGCUAAAAAUAUACAUAAUCCUGAAGACGCACACACACAGACACACACACAGUACUUCAUUGCAAUUCAUAUCACGCUCUUGUUUCUACUUAAGAAAUAAUUCUUUGAAGUACAAUGACUUGAUAGUACAAAUUAAUUCCUCACUUGUAUUUAUUGAAUGCAGUAUAAAAUAGUACCAUUUUGGCCACAUUGUUAAAAGGAUGUAUAUAUUGGUUUUAUUUUCUUAUAUAAUUAUCAUUCUGACCUUGUACUGAGAGCUGAGAGGACAGCCUUCUGUGCAGAUUAAGUUUUUUUUUCUCUUUCAGUCAUAAAACCAAGACAGCCAAGUUAGUCGACUGUCAAUUGGAUGCAUCAGAGGUUGCUCAGAUUUAUGUAAUUCCUUUUAGUCCACGGUGUACAUGAGCCGCUAACCACCUUCACUCACAUUUAGCAUAGCAACAUCUUCAGUAGGAACUCCUUGCAGUUGGUUAUGCAGUCCUGUGUUGUUUCAGAAUAGUCAGGGCACAACAGAGUCUUCAAUGAGCCAUAUAAUGAUGUGGUGUUCAAUGACAUCUAGGUUAACAGAAGACUGACAUCCCACUUUUGGAAUCUAUUCAUUGUAUAUUACCAUCUAGUUUGAGGUCUGGAUUUUUGCCUGUCACGGAAAACUUUACUCACAGUAUCCAUAUCCUUUGUCACCAUAUGCAAACAUUUGUCAUUUUCUUUCUUGCUGGCCUUUGAGUUUGAUUAUUUGUUGUAGAAAUGAAAAACCUGAAAAAUAAUGCCUAUUCAAUCCAGAAACUGUGAAUGGGAGAGUGGAGAUGUCAACUGUAUGUACAUUAUAUGUUUUGAUGUAAUCAGAAGCACUGGGAAUAUGUUGUACUUUGCUGUAAAAAUCAAUCCAUAUCUGAUAUAGCUGUACUUUUGUUGAAAAUAAAACCUCUACAGAA